GUUUUGAGGUAUAUAUUUGCGAUAAUUUAAAAGUUAAUUCACAUAAUCAAGUGAAUGCAAAAACUGUUAAAACUGUUACUCGUGUUAAGAAUUUUCAAAAUAAAUUUCUACAAAAUUGACGUUUUUAUAAGAAAUGAUUAAAUCAUUAGUGAUUAUACUAUUAGAUGAAAACCAUAGUAUGGACUCAAAUGAGACCAACUUUAUGGACAAUUCUCAGAGAGACUAUCCCCGUGUGGGACAGCCACUCUAUGAGGCCAUAACAGAGGGUCUACAACUGGCCGCAAAGGGAACUCCUAAUCCGGACGAUAGACUCGUAUGCGUUGUAAUGAGUGAUGGAUUGAAUGGCAACUCAUCCCAAGAGACUACUCAACAAAUGGUAAAGGAUAUCGUAUCGGGUUAUGAGACCGGGAGGGACUGGACUUUCGUGUAUACCCGACAAAGUUGUGGUCAAUGGACGACCAGUUAUGAGAGGUCUAAGUAUUCAAUGGUUAACACAAACCCAAUGAGACCUAACUUUGCCGUAUCGGCACCAAAGAGGUGUGGACUUCCCAAUCAGCAUAGGAAUCAGUUAUCCAGGAAAUUAGUCUACCUGCUCUAAAGUCGACUAAAUGAAUGCAUUUAUUAUCAAGAGAUUUCUUAUCAAUUUAAUUAUAAUAUAAUUUUAAUUAUUGAUAACUGAGAUUAAAUAAAUUUUGAACAAAUAA